CCAUGGCAACCCUUUGGACCCCGAGGGUGGUGGCUGCACACAGCCAGCCUCAGGCUCUGCUCUGCGCCAGGACACAGCUCCGACAAUGAGCUUCCGAGUGGCAGGCCUGGACCUGGACAAGAUGAAGCUGGACAGCCCCCAGCCCUUCCUGGGCCAGGAGGAGGCCGAGGAGGCCGAAGAGGCAGAAGACCAGCAGCUGCUGGAGCCCGAGGCCUGGAGGACCUACACAGAGCGCCGCAACGCACUGCGCGAGUUCCUGACGGCGGACCUGAGCCCGCACCUGCUCCAGCGCCACCACGCCCGCGUGCAGCUGCUGCGGAAGUGCUCCUACUACAUCGAGGUCCUCCCCAAGCACCUGGCCCUGGGCGACCAGAACCCGCUGGUGCUGCCCAGCACCAUGUUCCAGCUCAUCGACCCCUGGAAGUUCCAGCGCAUGAAGCAGGUGGGCGCCGCACAGGCCAAGAUCCAGCUGCUGCUGCUCGGGGACCUCCUGGAGCGGCUGGACCGUGGCCGCGCAGAGCUGGACGCGCUGCUCGAGGCGCCCGACCCGCAGCCCUUCCUGGCUGGCUGGGGGCUGGUGGAGCGGCAGCUGGCAGACCUGGCGGCGGCCAUGGACAGCUUCCUGGCCAUGAUGGUGCCGGGGCGACUGCACAUCAAGCACCGCCUGGUGUCCGACUUUGGUGCCACCAAGAUCCCCCACAUCCGGCUCAUGCUGAGUACCAGGAUGCCGGUCAUGUUCGACCGGAAGGAGUCGGCAGCCCACAGGGACUGGGCCCGCCUGCGCUGGUUCGUCACCGUCCACCCGGUGGUGCCCGAGCAGUUUGAGCUGCGUUUCAAGCUGCUGGACCCACGGACACAGCAGGAGUGCACGCAGUGUGGCCUCAUCCCCGUGGCCGCCUGCUCCUUCGACGUCCAUAACCUGCUCCCUGACCGCUCCUACAAGUUCACCAUCAAGCGAGCGGAGAGCUGCACGCUGGUGUACGAGCCCUGGCGGGACAGCCUGACCCUGCAGACCGCGCCUGGGCCCCCCGAGGGGCUCACCCCCGGGCGGCUGGGCAAGCCCAGCCCGCCCCAACCGCGCCUUCCAAGAGGUGAUUUCUAGUAUUUGCCCAUGAAUAAAGGAGUAUAAACACA